UGUAAAUAGAAUUAGAAAUUAGUUUUAACGAAAAGAAAAGCGGAACAAAUAAUCGCAAAGCCGCUUAUACCAGAAAGAAAUACUGUAGUCCAUUAAAUAUAUCUAUUUAAGUAUUUAACAACAAAUUCUUAAUAAGGAUUUGUUAUUUUUCAUAUUUUGAUUAGCUAAAUAGCUAAACAUAUUAAUUGAUUUAGUGUCUUAAACACUUAUUUUAGCUGUAAACGUGAUAACGAACAAUGGCUCGAAAUGCGGAGAAAGCCAUGACAACACUAGCACGAUGGCGCGCAGCACAAGUCCAAGAGGCUGGUGGUCAGCGGGAACGAAGACCAUAUCUGGCCUCAGAGUGCAACGACCUGCCACAAGCAGAAAAAUGGCGAUUGCAAAUUGUUCGUGAGAUCGCCAAAAAAGUCGCACAAAUACAAAAUGCUGGUCUUGGGGAGUUUAGAAUACGAGACUUGAACGAUGAAAUUAACAAGCUAAUGCGGGAGAAACGCCAUUGGGAGGUACAGAUAAAGGCACUUGGUGGACCGGAUCACGCGCGCGUUGGCCCUAAAAUGUUGGAUCAAGAUGGUAAAGAAGUUCCAGGCAACAGAGGAUACAAAUACUUCGGGGCAGCCAAAGACCUUCCAGGUGUCCGUGAGUUGUUCGAGCAGGAGCCGCCGCCGCCGGCGCGACGAACUCGAGCCGACUUGAUGCGAGACGUGGACGCCGAUUACUACGGAUAUAGGGACGACGAUGAUGGGCUGCUGCUGCCCCUGGAAGCAGAGGCUGAGAAGGAAGCAAUAGCACGAGCUGUAGACGAGUGGAAAAGGAACAAAGAACAAAACAAGCAACAAGAUUUACCUGAAGAAGAGAAUAUUUAUCCAGAAGAUCCGGACGACAAACGGGUAGAAGAAGAGGAUAGUGUGGUGGCCGUAAUAGGCGCUCACGUAGCAGUUCCCUCGCAGAAGGACGUAGAGGAAGCACUGCUGCGACGCAAGAAGCAAGAGCUACUAGAACGAUACGGCUGCCUCGACGUCAAGAUAGAAGAGAGCUGACAUCAACCACGAUAAUUGUUAUUGAUAAUAAAACGCCACAACUACCACG